UACAUUAGAAUUUAUGUCUACUCGACCUCGUGUUAUAAAUAUUGAAGAAGUAUUAGUUAAAUUCGCAUUACCUCGUUUAACAUCAUCAAUAUAUGAACGAUUUAUUGUUACUAAUUGA